GGGCUCAGUCUGGAUCUGCACAGAGCAAGAUGCUGAGUGGAGUGGGUGGCUUUGUGCUGGGUUCGCUAUUUCUUGUGCUGGGGAUGUUCAUCUACUACAAGAAUCAGAAGGGACGCUCUGGACUUCAGCCAACAGGACUCCUGAGCUGAAGAGAAGGUGACAACACUGAAGGAAGGACCCAUGUCCUGCCUCCCCAAGUCAUGAAAGGCUCCUACUUGGCUCUCCUUCUUCCACAGAGACAGGGCUUUCUCAGGACUUGGUCGUUCCUGGUUCAGUGACCCCAAAGAACAUGUCCUCCCUGCUGGCCUCCUGAGCCCUUAGCCCUGACCUGAAAGCCCCAGUACAGAUACCAUGCUGAACUUGUCUUCAUUUUCCCCUGACCCAUUUUUCUUCAAACCUUCAUGACUCCCAUGAGUCUGAAAUCACUUUGUGCCACUUUACUUUAUUCCAUUUCUUUUCAAAUAAACAUGGGGGUGAAAAUCCUCUGCUUCACAGAA